AUGGUACGUUGGGUGAGAAAAUAUUUGUAUUCAGUUGGAAGAGACAGUUGGAAGUCAGCUGCUGCUAAAACCGAAUUCCGUUUUCUCUUUACCACAGGAUCCAAUCUUAUUACAGCUUCACAGCAAACAAAUAAUUCAACAGAAAUAGCAGUUAUUCUAAAAGGUCACUCUUUUUCUAAAAAGAAGGUAGAUCAAGAACCACAACUAAAGCUCAAAAAUGUUUUUUCAAACUUCCAAAUACAUAGAAAAUCAACGAUGUUUGAUUCAAUGUCAUCAAGAGAAGGUACCAAAGUCUGUAGAUUGUAUUCUCCUCCCCCUGUGUUAAAAAAUAUUAACACGGUAAAUAACUGUACCGCUUUAUCACUGAGGGUGGUUCCUCAACGAUCGUUUUCGCCUGUGCUUGCACUUCUACCCUGUAUGAUUCUAUUUGUCAUCAUUGCAAUGUAUUGGAUUAAACGCAGAAGUAGCCGUGCGAAAACUGAAAAGAAAAGUCAUGCUGGAAAAGACUUAUUACUUAUCAAGGCUACCACCUCUUUGCCUACAAGCCUGUCUCUCCGCCAAACAUCCGUGGGAUCGAAACAGUCCAAACAGGUUGAUGAGGCAAUGGAUUGUUCCCAAAAGGACAAAGCCAAUAAUAUAUCCUAUUCUACAUCUAAUAAAGCUGUACGAGAUCUGUCGACUUUGGUUCAAGGGCAUGUACCACUACCUCACCGAUUUACCAACAAAGUUGAAAUAGGAAAAGGUGGAUUUGGCAAAGUAUAUAAAGCCCUAGACUGGACAACUAACAAAAUCGUAGCCAUCAAAGAAAUUCAAUCUAAGAAAGUCAAACGAUUUUCCGAAAACCUAGUACCAAGAGAAGCAAACAUACACAAACAAUUGAGCCAUCUGAACAUAGUAAAAAUGGAGAACUAUUAUCCUGAGGGCGAAAACUUUAAUCUUGUACUGGAAUACAUUAGCGGUGGUCCCAUUUAUCGACUAGCUCGCACAAAAGCAGUUACAGAAAACGACAUUUCCUGUAUCGCCAAACAAAUUUUCAGUGGCUUGGAAUAUAUCCACAGUUUACAAAUUCUUCAUGGUGAUAUAAAAUGUCCCAACAUCCUUUACACUUUAUCUGGACAAAUAAAGAUCACGGACUUUGGGUUAAGCAUGAAGGAGGAAGAUCUACGCAAAUACAAACACUUACGGCAAGGCACACCUCAUUACAUGGCGCCUGAACUCGUUUCCCGCAAGCCUUAUGGAGUAAAAGUUGACGUAUGGGCGACGGGUAUAAGCCUAAUUGAACUACUACAAGGCACUGUACCGCAUUGCAGUCUAAGCUACGAUCGGGCAAUGAAAAGAAAUGCGUCUCAGGGGAUCAGGCUAUUAACCAAUCAAAACUCUUAUUCACAAGAAGCAGUUGAAUUCAUAAGCAAUACUCUUAAGCUUCGCCAGAAACAUCGAUGGCACUCGUAUAUGCUUCUAACGCAUCCGUUUCUGAUCAAAGCCCCACCACCAGCUGCCCUGAUCCCCUUGAUAGUGAAGGCGCGCAACAACAACGUGAACUGA